AUGGCCUCCGCUGCGAGAUCGGUUUCCCGCGCUCUGCGCUCCACCCCGGCUACCUCCGCCUUCAGACCAGCCGUUCGCAGCUCCCGGUUCGCCCUCCCUUCCCAGGGUUUCCGUGCUGCUUCGCGCCGUGGCUAUGCCUCCGAGGCUGACGCUGGCAAGAAGUCCAACACCUUCCUGUGGGCUGGCCUUGCUGUUGCUGGUGGUGCUGGUGCAUACUUCUACCUGAAGGGCGGCGAUGCGGGCGUCAGCUCUAAGGAUUUCGUUCCCACCCAGGCAGACUACCAGAAGGUGUACGAUGCCAUUGCCAAGCGCCUCGCUGAUGAGACCGACUACGAUGAUGGCAGCUACGGACCUGUCCUCGUCCGAUUGGCAUGGCACGCAAGCGGUACCUACGAUAAGGAGACCGGCACUGGUGGCAGCAAUGGCGCUACUAUGCGAUUCGAUCCCGAGUCCGGCCACGGUGCCAACGCUGGUCUCAAGACCGCCCGGGACUUCCUGGAGCCCAUCAAGGCCCAGUUCCCCUGGAUCACCUACUCUGAUCUCUGGACCCUCGCUGGCUCCUGCGCCAUCCAGGAACUGGGUGGCCCCGUCAUUCCCUGGAGGCCUGGACGUGAGGACCGGGAUGUUUCUGCCUGCACCCCCGACGGCCGUCUCCCCGAUGCCUCCAAGGACCAGAGACACAUUCGUGACGUCUUUUACCGCAUGGGCUUCAACGACCAGGAGAUGGUCGCCCUGAUCGGUGCCCACGCUUUGGGCCGCGCCCACACUGAUCGCUCGGGCUUCGAUGGCCCCUGGGACUUCAGCCCUACUGUCUUCUCCAACGAGUUCUUCCGCCUCCUGGUUGACGAGAAGUGGCAGCAGAAGAAGUGGAGCGGACCUACCCAGUUCACCGACAAGACCACCCAGACCCUGAUGAUGCUUCCCACCGACAUUGCCCUGGUUAAGGACAAGGAGUUCAAGAAGCAUGUCGACCGCUACGCCAAAGACAACGAUGUUUUCUUCAAGGAGUUUACUGACGUCUAUGUUAAACUCCUGGAGCUGGGCGUCCCCUUCACCAGCAAGGCUGAAGACCGAUAUGUGUUCAAGACCUCUGAAUCAACCGCCCUCCCCCCCCCAGAUUACUACGAGAUCCUAAACCUCCCUUUCUCGGAAUCAUCUCGUACAGUCUCAAAACAACAAGUGAAAGGCGCAUACCACAAGGCUUUACUCCAACACCACCCGGACAAAGCGUCCCACGCGAUCGCGAUCGCGAAAGAUCUGAAUCCCACCCUGCUUUCCGCUUCCUCCGCGGAGGAAGACCCCGAUAGUCCAAAGGGAGGACGACCCUUCACGAUUGACGAAAUCACAACCGCAUACAGGAUCCUCUCGGACCCUUCCUUGCGCGCGGAAUACGACCGCUCACUCCGUCUCGAUCGGGCGAGGGCCCUCGAUCGCGAGAAAACAGGGACGGCGUUCUUCCAUACGGGGCUUGAGGUUGUGGAUCUAGAGGAUUUCGAGUGCGACGAGGGAGAUGCAGGUGCAGAUGGAGAGGUGCAGUGGUAUCGCGGGUGUCGGUGUGGUGAUGAACGGGGGUUCCUGGUGAGGGAAACGGAGUUGGAGAGGGAGGCGGAGCAAGGGGAGAUCGUUGUUGGUUGUCGCGGGUGUAGCUUGUGGGUGAAGGUUUUGUUCGCCGUACAGGAUGAGGAUUGUGAUGGGGAUUGUGAUUGCUCUGGGCAUGGGCAAGAGGGAAGCGACGAGGUUGGGCUGAAGACUUGA